AUGAGUGUUUUUUUUAAUCCGAAUAUCGAAGUGAAUGUGAUUUUGGAUCACUUGGGUCAGGAAUUAAUUUCAACAGCCUGCGUAGGUCUACUCGAACGUGCAUUUCGAUGUCUCGGAAAUGACCUGAAAGCAUUUCUAACGACACUCGACGGCGUGAAUGAUGUGGUACAACAUCAAUCUGGUACAAAUACAGAAGCUGAAUUUGUGUGUAUUGCUACUCCGGAUGCAGUCGAGCUUCAUUUUACGACUGAUCAUCCCUCCAUUGCUUAUUUACUUGUCGGUAGCCUCAAAGGCAUCGCUCGCCAAUUUUAUAAUGACAAAGCUGAUGUUUAUAUUCUACCUGAUCCGUACAACACAAAAUUUUUUAGUUUUUUUGCGAUUUCUCAAAAUCUACCGGUCCAAAUCGGUAUAAAGUGUAUUGGAAAUCUAAGUUUGGUCAAGCCCUUUCGAAUGGCACCAACCGCGAUAAAAUCGCUACGUCGCCGAGCAACGAGAGCCGCGAAACGCUCCCCAAGCCAGGACGAGUAUUCAAAAGAGUAUAAGCAGGCCAAAAAGACGCUAAACCGAGCCAUCAAAGCAAGUAAAGCGAAGUUGUGGAAAGAGAUCUGCAAUGAUCUCGACAAUGACCUCUGGGGUAAAGCCUACCAAAUUGUCGCCAAACGACUUGGAAAGGCUUCACCAGAGGCACCGAAGUCUCCUGCCAUGAUGGACAGCAUUUUGUACUAUACAACUAUACUACCAUGCACUUCUGGUACUACUUAUACUACUGGUGCUACUUAUGCCGCUAGACAACUACUUCGUCCUAGUUUUUUCGUGGAUGCUUCAUCCUAUCACGUACCGCACAGACUCAAGAGGUUACCGGUUUUUCACGGUCCAGUAGCUCAUUUGAAUACGAAUACAUUUGAAUUUUAUUGA